AUGCCACCUGCCCAGAGGAGACGCCGUCCAGUCGACGAGGAUGGAGACUUGGAAGAGGACGCCCGUCCACGACGGCGGCAGCACGUUGAAGCUUCAGAUGCUGAGCAGGACGAAGAAGCGUCCGACGACGACGCCGGAACGAAUGGUGCCUCUACUAGUGUGGACGAUCAGAUGGCCAAGAAGUUGGUUCGAUAUGCCAUCUCCUGCGAAUACUCAAGGACGGCGAUACGGAGAGAUGGAAUCAAGGAGCGAGUUCUAGGAAAGCAGGGUCGUUCUUUCAGAAGGGUCUUUGCGCUGGCGCAGACCCAACUGAGGACAAUCUGGGGCAUGGAGCUACGCGAGCUGCCUGUGCGAGAGAAGACGACGUUGCAUGAAAAGAGACAAGCUAUGAAAUCAAAUGCACAGCCAAAGUCCGGAUCUGGCGCCUACAUCCUAACGUCGACAUUGCCGGAUGAAUUCCGAAGCGCCUCGAUCCUAACGCCAUCCAAAGUCCCGAGCGCUGAGCAGGAAGCAACAUAUUCUGCCUUUUACACCACGAUUGUGUCAUUCAUAUGGCUGAACGGGGGAGAGCUGAGCGAGCAGAAGCUGCAGAGGUAUCUCACACGGCUCAACGCCGACCGGAUGGUGUCGAGCGAGCGGACAGAGGUCGUCCUCAAGCGGAUGGAGAGGCAGGGGUACGUGAUGAAGAAAGUCGACCGGCCGCCAGUCGGCUACGACGGCGACCAGACCAUCAGCUGGCACGUCGGGCCUCGAGCAAAGGAAGAAAUAGGACUGGACGGCGUCAUGGGGCUGGUGCGCGAGGUCUACGGCAACCCUGAUGACGACGCUUUUGACAAGAAGCUCCGGUCGAGUCUGGGCAUUAAGAAUAGACCACUCACGGAGAGGGGAGAGGAGGAGCACGGUGAUGUUGGCAUGACGAAUGGGAUGUAA